UAUGUCAAUCUCAUAUACAUCCACUUGCAAAUUUGCAAAAAGUCAAUAUACCGAUGGACAUAUAUAUUUGAUCACUUCAUUUCCCAUCAAAUAAUUCCCUACUCAUUUGUUAUAUAAACACACUCACACUCCCUCUACUCUCCAUGCACACAACACACAAACACACUCCCAUAUGAUAAAAAUGGCGAGACCCUUGAUCUGGCUCGCGCUCCUAUGCGCCUCCCUGACCUUCACAACCUGCGCCGGCAUCCGCCUCGAGCUCAUCCACGUCGACGCCAAGGAGAACCGCACCAUCGCGGAGCGCAUGCGCCGCGCCACCGAGCGCACCCACCGCCGGCUGGCGUCCAUGGGCGGGGUGACCGCGCCCGUCCACUGGGCGGGGUCGACGCAGUACAUCGCCGAGUACCUCAUCGGCGACCCGCCGCAGCGCGCCGAGGCCAUCAUCGACACCGGCAGCAACCUCAUCUGGACACAGUGCUCCGCCUGCCGCCCCGGCUGCUUCAGCCAGAACCUCUCCUACUACGACCCGUCCCUGUCGCGCACCGUCCGUCCCGUGGCGUGCAACGACACCGCGUGCGCCCUCGGCUUCGAGACCCGGUGCACCCGCGACAGGAAGGCGUGCGGCGUCCUCACCGCCUACGGCGCCGGCGCCAUCGCCGGCGUCCUCGGCACCGAGACGUUCACGUUCGGGUCGGAGAAGGCGAGCCUCGCGUUCGGGUGCAUCACCGCGACGGAGCUCACGCCGGGCUCCCUGAACGGAGCUUCCGGCAUCAUCGGGCUCGGCAGGGGCACCCUGUCACUCGUCUCCCAGCUCGGCGACACCAAGUUCUCCUACUGCCUCACGCCCUACUUCAGCGACGCCGUCAACACGAGCCACCUGUUCGUCGGCGCGUCCGCCGACCUGAGCGGCGGCGGCGCGCCGGUGACGUCCGUGCCGUUCGUCAAGAACCCGAACGACGACCUGUACGACACGUUCUACUUCCUGCCCCUCGCCGGGAUCACGGUGGGGGAGGCCAAGCUCGACGUCCCCGCGGCGGCGUUCGACCUCCGGGAGGUCGCGCCGGGGCGGUGGGCCGGCACGUUAAUCGACUCCGGCGCCCCGUUCACGAGGCUCGUCGACGUGGCGUACCAGGCGCUGAGGGCGGAGCUGGCGCGGCAGCUGGGCGACAGCGUCGUGCCACUGCCGGCCGGGGUAGAAGGGUUCGACCUGUGCGUGGCCGUGGCGCAGGGGGACGCCAGCAAGCUGGUGCCGCCGCUGGUGCUGCACUUUGGAAGCGGCGGCGGCGCUUCGUCGGACCUGGUGGUGCCGCCGGAGAACUACUGGGGGCCCGUGGACGAGGCCACGGCGUGCAUGGUGGUGUUCAGCGCGGCGCGGCCGAACGCGACGCUGCCGAUGAACGAGACGACCGUCAUCGGCAACUACAUGCAUCAGAACAUGCACCUGCUGUACGACAUGGGCAACGGCGUCCUCUCCUUCCAGCCGGCGGACUGCAGCUCCGUGUGAUGAUUUGUUCACUGUGGGCACGCCAUAUGGAGGCAUGAUAACCAAUGGCUGCAAUUUGCGUCUCUUCAUGUAUGUAUACAUAUACAUAUUUGUUUUGUAACGAAAACCUACAGUGAAAAAGCUUUAUUUAAUUUGC